AUGAAACUGACCCCUCCAAGGCAAGACGUCCUCGCCAUCGCAUUGUAUCAGCUCUGCGUCUCCGUCUGCUUUAUCCUAUCCACCUUCUACCAUACGUUUUCAGACCACAGCCCAGGCGUGCACAAAUUCGGGAACGAGCUGGAUCAUCUAGGCAUUGUCCUCGUGAUGUGGGGGACUGGCAUGUCUGGGACAUAUUUCGCAUUCUACUGUCACCAAGCCCUGCGCAACAUCUAUUUUGGAUUUCUCACUACGACCGGGCUUGGCUGUGCAGUAUUCACUCUCAGGCCCAAGUUUCGCCAGCCAGAAUAUCGGACGACCAGGUUCCUCAUGUACUGCUUCCUCGGGGCAAGCCUCUUCGGUCCAGUGGCGCAUGGCCUCCUGCGUUUCGAAUCCGAGCUUGAGGAAAUGAUGGGCCUCAAGUCCUUUCUCGGAUUGGCGUUGAUCAACUUCUCUGGAGCAGCUGUAUAUGCGGCCAGGGUUCCAGAGAGAUGGUAUCCGAAGACGUUCGAUCUUCUCGGGCAGAGCCAUAACUGGAUGCAUGUUUUGGUACUGACGGGGGCAUUGCUGUGCAGCAUGGAACAGCCCUUCUCGACCUCCAAGGUCACAGUCGAUUAUUUUGACCCUCACGACGUCUACAAGCUCCUUGCCCCCGGGCUGAUACCACGACUCCCCCUGCACAACCUACACUGGCAAUCGCACGCUGGCCCUCUGCGAUCUAUCGAAACCCUCCAUGUCGAGCUCGUCGACGCCCUCGCCGCCGCCAAAGCCCCGAAGCAGAGGCAGCCUUCCAUAACACCUUCCUUGGGCGCUGGCGGGGAGGAUGGCUUCCAGACACAGUCUGUUGCAGGCGGCAACAGACUAACUGCCGACCCUGAAGAUGCAUUCCCAUCCAAGCCAUACUCGCCCGGCUACGGCCCUUCCGCUGCAAAUGUUAGACGGCACCAGAUACCAGGCUUGCGGCGCACACCAUACCUCAAGGUGCUGUUCGUGCGGUGCGAUGAUAACGACCAGUACAAAUCAACAGUGCGCUCUGAGAUACGCGACUGGCUCAAAGAGCACGCUACACCGGCCUCAACGACCAACAGCAAGAAAGACACGCGGACGCCUUCCGAGAACCAUGAUGCAUGCGAAUUAUUGAUUAUACAUGUCGUCGUGCCAAACACCGUGGCCGCUACCCAGCCUAGGACGACCGGCAGCGGAGGCGACAGAGGCGCUGACGGCAGCUCUAAUGCGUUGCCAGUUACAAAGACUACAUCUAGAUGGGGCAAAAAUACUACACCACUUCUAGAAAGGCUCAAGAGUGACUUUGGAAGCUCUUCCAAGGCAAAUGUCGAUAGGAUAGCGCAGAUCCGCAUCGGUAUCAACGAUGUGCCCUACGAUCUCCUUCCCAGAGUUGUGCCCGCCGUGCCCACGGGCUACAUGGAGACAGAGGAAGAUGCCAAAGUUGCGUGGGCCGAUCUCAUCGAUAAGUUGAAGAGACUGAUCUUGUCGAGCUUCGACAUGAGGGUCAGCCAGUACGAGGAAGACAUCAAGGAAAAGGAUGCCCAGAGAAGCCUACCCGGCUGGAACUUCUGCACCUUCUUUAUUCUGAAGGAAGGGUUAGCAAGGGGCUUUGAGAGUGUAGGGCUGGUGGACGACGCUCUUGUCGGAUAUGACGAAUUAAGUGUCGGGUUGGACACGAUAAUACAGGAACAGGCCGUCGCAGACAUUGCGGAGGCUCAUGGAGGCUCAUUGCUCUCGCACACCCCGGAACUCAAGAAGAUCGCGCAAAUGGCAGUGGCGGCCGCGAGCUCAGGGACCAUGGAAUUCGAAGAUGAAGAAACCGUGGAUCUGCAGUCUACCAAGGAACAGGAACCUGCCGAGAAGUUCGACGACAUUCCCAUCUCUGUCAUCAAGAAGCCCUAUCGAGAGCUCAUCCUAGCAAACAAUGUCUCGAUAUUCGAUUUCAGGUGCUACAUAUUCGCACGCCAGAUCGCUUUGCUUCUCCGCCUGGGUAACGCUUGGUCUACAAGGGAAGAGCUGCUGGCCAAAGUCAAAGAACAGCAGGAAUCCAUUCUACAUGGCGUCGCGCCACGGGCGCCACCGCCUCAGCCAGCGGACGAGUCCGAGAAUCUUUCUAUGCUCGCAGAAAUAUGCAAGCGCACCCUCGAAUUCAUACCUGCUGUCUCUCAGGUCAUGCGCCGGGAUGUAAUCGCGGCCUUGGCGGAACAACGCAAGCUCGAGGCUGGCGGUGUGACGCCCAAGACCACGAUACCCUACGAGAACCUGGUAUCAGAGGUGGCCGAGAAUAUCGUUGCCUCUUUCGCAUUCUCGAUAGCACAACAAAUCCUUGCACAGACAUCUACUAAGGCCUUGCCCGUUCCCCCAGCGACCACGUCUCCCACUAGCGAUGAACCAGAGCAGAAGUCCAGAGAGUCGAUGCCAGAGCCCAAGACGAUGAUGCAUCCUGCGAGGACAACUUCUCUCAGAGUUUCAACAACAGGGGAUGGUCGCUUGCCGCCCCUGCCUAGUCCCAACAUAUUCCCCGGCCCUGGCAAUCGCAGAGCGAGCGCGGCUGAUGUGCAGGAUACAAUAAAUCAAAAACAACAAAAAGCCGGGCAGGAAGAUUUAGCCGCUAGGAGAGCUGAACUUUAUGCCUUGUCAAGGAAUAUACUCGAGGAGUGCGGCAAGAAACGAGGCUGGAGCGAUGGGUGGUCUUCUGCGCCAGUGAUAGGAGAAACCGGAUUGCAGGAUAUGGAGGAUGUCAGCCUUGACGAUGACCUGCCGCCCAGUCCCUCAGGGCCCGUGAAGACGCCAUUCUCAGAUCCUUCAUCAGAACUCACCCUUGCAGGGAUCGACAACAAGCUGCUUCGGACGGCUCUUGACACCAAGGAGGACUUUUACCGCUUGUACGAAAUGCUCACAGACAAAUCGUUGCGUCACUAUACUGUCGCGGGCCACACACAUUCUGUCUUGGCGAACAUGGCGGACCUUGCUGUCAUGAAAUACUACCUGGAAGACUACUCCGCCGCAGCAUCAUACUUCCUCCGGACGACACCGUUCUACGGAGAGAGUGGCUGGAGCUUACUCGAGCUGUCUAUGCUUGUCAUGUACUCGAAGUGUCUACGAGAACUGAAGAGGAAUGACGUAUAUGUCCGAGUGAUGCUCAAGUUACUUUCAAAAGCGGCAAACUCGGAAAAGGAUAGGAUCGAGGAAAGGGGCUCGAUCAAAGUAAGCCAGAAAACGGCCAAGGAAUAUGCAGAGAACGAGGUUUUCAAGGGUUUUCUACCAGACUUUCUAGCUGCUGCCAAAUCUUUCGACAAGGAGGUUAAGCAUUCCCUUCAGAAUUUCUUCACCCAUAUUGAGGUCGAGGGCACACCGGCAUACGAUGAUGAUCAAGACAGCUUCAGCUUGACCCUUGUGCUACGGAGCGUUCUUGCUGAUACGCUGCCUGUGGACAAGGCUUUUCUGCGGAUUAUCACCACUGGUGGACGCGAGAUGUGGCUCGAAAGCAGCGAAAAGCUGGAAUUGAGUCCUGGGCGGAAUAAGAUUUCCCUACGAUGCAUGGCAAUGAGCCCAGGUACGUAUGAGGUCGACCGGGUCCAGUUGAACAGCGGGCCCUUGAAGCUCAGUCUCGAGCGGCAGGCUUUCCAGCCUGUCGAGCGUGAUGCGGUGAAUCUGAGGAACCCUUAUGUGUCAUUGUAUCAACGUGCCGACACGCUUGACUUGCGAGUCGAGCCGUCGAUGGUAACACAACUUGAUCGGAACUUUGCGAUGGACCUGGAAUUGACGACAGGAUGGAAUGAGGUAGAGACGUGUGAAAUACGCGUUCGUUCUGCGACCGGGGGACUCCGACUUCUCACAGCGGAGGCUCAAAUACUCGGUGAUGAGGAGCACAAGCAGCCGCCAUCGUCUGAGCCGGGCCUCUUUGUCUUCGCAUCACUGUCGGCCAGGUCCUCAGUCAAGGCCCGGAUUCCAUUCACCACCGAGCAGGACGUUCCAAACAUCGCGGUAAAAGUCGAGGUCAAAUACACGACCUCCCGGGGAACGUUCACCCUGUCCAAAACGCCAUCAAUAUCACUGGCCCUGAAGUUGGGGGUCAAUGUGCAGGAUGUGUUCAAGCAUGCUGCCCUGUUUUCUCGUUUCACUGUGUCCACGGCAUCACACAGUCCACUCCGGCUUUUCAAGUCAGAGCUCAUUCAAUCUGAUAUCUUUGAGUCUCGUUUCGGAGUGCCACCUGCGAAUCCAGUCGUCAUUUUCCCAAAGCAACCGGCCAGCCUCAUCUACCGCAUUAAUCGUAUUCCUGGAUCCAGAAUUGGUCCUAACACGAAUAAGACCAUGUACUUGAAGCUGUCCUAUAGCGUCCUGCUGGAUGAGAUCCGGGAUAAUAUCCGUGACUCACUGACGGCUGCAUUGAAGGGCACUGAAUGGUGGAAGUACAGCAGGCUCAUCGUCGCUAGCGUAUUGGAGCGGGUGAAAAGCGAUCUCACGGCUUAUGACCUUGAGAGGUCUGCGACGCUGGGCGAGCUACCUCUGAGCUUUCUGACGGAGGCAAAGUGGCAGAAGCAGUUCUAUGGCCUGGGCACAACACCUACUGGAGAAAGCAUCCCAACACUUCUAGCCCGGUUCAUCGUCAACUGGACAGGGAAAACCCCAAAGAUCCCAGCAAUGCGACAAGUUGACUCUACACAACAGCAGUCGAUUCUCAUCCCUGUCGACGUGCCAUCUAUACCGGUUGUCCAUACCGCCGACAUUCGCCUACAACGACCCGUCCCAUCUCUUGUCGAGCCUGCAGACGAGCUCGAAGCACCAGUGGUCUGCGUCAACCAAUUACUCCCGGCGACGUUGCACCUCAAGUGGACACGCGUCUGGGACACAGGCAGACUCGAUACCGCCAACAGGGCUGGCACAUCUGCCGAAGAGGCUUCCGGAGACGAGUUCAGCUACGAGGUCACAGCGCCCGGGGACACAUGGCUCGUCGGCGGGAGGAAGAAGGGCCACUUCGUCAUCCCUGCCUCCGCCUCUACCAACGAGGACGGCGAUCUGAUAAGCUCCUCGCCAAUCAACGAGGCUGACAUCCCACUCGUGCUUAUCCCGCUCCGGGAGGGCUACUUGCCGUAUCCUAGUGUCGAAGUCAGGGAAAGCAGCAGUCCCACAGAGACCAAUGGCGGCGAGGGGCACGGCCAUGGCCACAGUCAGGUUCAGGGAAGGAAGAGCCCUGCCAUCAUUGGGCACUGUGAGACGGACUACAGGAACCUGGGUGAGACGGUGCGGGUUGUUGCGGACAGAAGGAGGGUCACUGUCUCGCUGGAUGCUAGUGGAGCAGGAGGUGGUCCAUUGGUCCUUGACAGCGAGAGGGUCGUCGGGAAGGAGAUUGGGAGGGUUGUUGCGUAG